UAUAUAAUAAAGGACGUUUUCAUAUUUUGAGCUCUGCAAUGGGUAUGGGGAAAAAUGUAUAUGAGUCAUGCAGACUCAUUAAGAGAUUUAUGAUUCUACUUUCUUGUCUUUCAUAUUCAUUUGUUCGGUCAGACUUUACAGAAACAACAAAUAUCGAUUACGUAUCAGCUUUGGGAGAUCCCGGGAUGAGAAACGACAACUUAAGGGUGGCUAUAGAAGCUUGGAACCAAUGCAACGAGGUCGGUGAAGAAGCUACAAACAUGGGAAGCCCUCGAAUGGCAGAUUGCUUCGAUCUCGAUAACUCUAGCUUGCCUGUGAAGAUAAUCCGCAAAGUUGACGAAAAGGACAACAAACUCGGGGUAGGAAAUGGAACUUACGGAGGAAUGAGCGCUGGAGACAACGCAGAUAUUUACGCUGCACAGAAGGAGAUAUACUUAGGAAACAAAUGUCAAGUGAUGGACAAGCCAAACCCAUGGCAGUUUUGGAUGAUAAUGCUAAAGAGCGGUAAUAUGGAUACCUUAGCCGCGAUUUGUCCGGAAAACGGGAAAAAGGCAAAACCAUUCCCUCCGACCGGGAGGUUUCCAUGUUUCGGAAAAGGAUGUAUGAACAUGCCAUCGAUGCAUCAUGAGCAGACAAGGUUUGUGGAUGAACAAGGCCAUAUGAGUGGGAGUUUUUAUGGGACUUGGGACUUGGACAGCGACCAAAAAGAUCCUGUUGGUAACAAUUCGUAUUAUAAAGUGAAAUGGGAGAAGAAGAUUGGGGGGAACGAGAGUUGGGCUUUUCAUCAUUUGUUAAAGACUUCGUCCAAGUAUCCAUGGUUGAUGCUUUAUCUACGAGCUGAUGCUUCUCGAGGUUUUUCUGGUGGUUAUCACUACGACACUAGAGGGAUGAUGAAGAUGAGAUUAAAAUCGCCGGAUUUCAAAGUUAGAUUCAAGCUGGAGAUUCUAAAAGGUGGUGGUUCAGGGAGCCAGUUCUACCUAAUGGACAUGGGAAGCUGCUGGAAAAACGACGGCAGAGACUGCGACGGUGACGUCACCACCGACGUCACGAGGUACAGCGAGAUGAUAAUCAACCCGGAGUCGACCGCCGUUUGUAACCGCAACCGUUUAGGCGCUUGUCCGCCGUACCACGCGUUUCCGAACGGGACUAGAGUCCACAGGACUGACAGGGAGAAGUUCCCUUACGAAGCGUAUCACUACUACUGCGUUCCGGGAAACGCGCGUUUAGCGGAAACGCCGUACGAUGUUUGUGAUCCGUACAGUAAUCCACAACCGCAGGAGAUUCUGCAGAUCUUGCCUCAUCCGGUGUGGGAACAGUUCGGGUAUCCGACAAAGAAAGGACAAGGUUGGAUUGGUGAUCCAAGAACUUGGGAACUCGAUGUCGGAAAACUUUCUCAAUCACUCUACUUCUACCAGGAUCCAGGGACGAAACCUGUGGAGAGACAUUGGUCGUCAAUAGAUUUGGGAACAGAGAUAUAUUUGAGCCCCAAUCACAUUGCUGAAUGGACUGUAACUGAUUUCAACAUUGUUAUACCAAAUACUGCUAUUUAAAACUGAUGUAAUAUAUCGCUUAUAAAUUGGCGAUUGCUAAUUGAAGACCAAACCAUUUAGAAA